AUGCUUCUAGUUUGCUGUUCCAAGCCAAAUAAUCCAUGGGAGAUCAUUGAAGUCCCUCUUCGUGCGCUGAAAGACAACGAAGUGCUGAUCAGAGUCCACGCUUCCGGCAUGUGCAACUUAGAACACUUUGCCAGCUACGCAGAGCUUGCACCUCUGUUUUGCGCAGGCGCUAUGGUGUUUGACGCCAUACGCACUACGAAGUGGUCACCGGGCGAUAUUUGUGUUGUUCAAGGGAUUGGAGGCCUUGGCCAUCUUGCGGUGCAGGUACGGUCCAUUUCCUCGGGACCUUCUAAAAAAGACUUGGCCAUGUCUCUCAGUGCCCAUGAACAUGUCGAUUCGAGUAAUAUAGAUGUUGUAAAAUACAUCCAAUCCCUCGGUGGCGCUCAGAUUAUCAUUUGUACAGCUCCAUAUGCCAAGCGCAUCUGCAACAUCAUCCCUGCUGUUGCGAAGAAUGGCACAGUGACACUUGUUUCUGCUGCAAUGGACAAGCCUAUUGAGGUUUGGAAUUUGACUCUGAACAUGAAUAGGGCUACAAUUUGUGGCUGGUGCUGUGGGUGCGCGCAAGAUAUGGAGAAGUGUGUCAGAUUUGCUACGUAG